UAGUCAAGAGGCGACCACCCUUCAAACAUCAGACGGAUGGGUGGGGUCAGUUUGACAUGACCAUCGUUGUGACUCUGAAAUAUGGCCUCGGCUCCUUCUCGCUGAAUCACUUCUUGGCGUUCCCCGCGGAGGGGCAGCACGAUUGCAGAAGCGCCAGUACACACCGCGUGAACAUCAAUCUAUCUGAAAUUUCGGACAAGAAUAGGAAAAGCCUCUUUUAUGAUCGCAUCCAAGAAUAUCUACGGGCCAAUAAGCUCUCGAAAACGGACGCCACUUCCAUGACCGUCAAGGAGGUGCGGCUCAUUUUGGAGAAGAAUCUGGAAAUGUCUCUAUUGGACCACGUGGCGCAGAUCAAGAACGCUAUGAUCCUAGCCAUCAUGAAGCUUAAUAACAAAGGGACUGACGACGGCAGUAGCAGCGAUUCGUCUUCCUCCGAUUCCAGCUCGUCAGAGAACGACUCAGAUGACGACGUCAAAAACAGGAAGAAACACACUACAAAGGCAAAGAAAGAUAUUAAGGGCAGCAAACCCGAUAUUAGAGAUACGAAGAAAGUGCAGAGCAGAGAAAAAUCGAUGGAAAGAGUGGAGCAAAGGCCCAGUGAAAGGCCGAGGAGCCGCAACAAUGACCCCGGUAGCAACGGCAGCCGGAAGAGCGAGAAAUCAGCGUUGAGCCAAAAAGACAGCAAAAAUGGGAUUAGAAAAACGGCCACAAAUGGGAUCAGCAAGGACGAUGCGAAGGAUAAGGACAGGGAGCGCAAGAAAGCCAACGGUACUCUUCGAAAGAAGACGAGCACGUCCUCGGGCGGCGACAGCCAAGACGGAAAGCGGAAAAGUGGCAGCGCAAAGAACGAUCUCGUUAAAAAGGAAAGCGUAAAAAGAGAAAGUAUAAGGAGUGACAAGGAUGAUAGUAAGGACAAGAAACGUGCCAAGGUUAGAGAUAGAGAAAGGGAGAAAGAACGAUCCGCCAGUCGGAAUGGGUCGAGAUUGAGCAAUAAAAAGAGUAGCAAAAACGGGUCUGGGAGCGCGAACACUGAAGGCGAUCCCAAACACCGGAUAGUCACAGCCAGCACCACCUCCAGUGCCCAGGCUGACGAAGAGAAAGGGAGAACCUCCAGUGGGAAUCUGAAACGAAAGCGGAGCGAGUCCACAGACGAUUCGGAAAACCCUCGAGAAUUGAAAAGUAGCAGGACGGGUACACUCAAGAAAACCAGCAAGAGCGAACUGAAGAACGUCGUCAUAUCAGCCACCAGUACAAGCAACGGAGACGCAAAGUCGAAGAAGAAGGCAAACACGCUGGUGUUGAAACUCUCCGGUCCGCGCUCUCUAGGUUCGCCUAAUAGUAAAAAGACUAGCAGUCGAUCGUUGUCGGCUAAAAAUAGCCUAGUCACCAGAACCGCGUCUGGGCUGGGGCCCAUGAAGUACUCGCGGAGCCUCUCUACGAGUGGGGGGGUAGAGACCAAGCCCAGGAAGCUCAACAGCAGUAGCAAACACAGCGACAGCGACAGUUACGACAAACCCAAAUCCAGCCGACUGAAAACGGACCGAGGUGAGAAGGGUGGUGAUUCGGGUAAGAAAGGGUCUGGUUCGACCUCGACAGGCGCCAUAGCAACGGUUGCCACCCAUGAGGACGAUAUAGUGAUGGGGGGAACCUCGAGUUCGAGCGCCAAGGUGUCUUCUGCCAAGCGUGGGGCGGAGAGCAAGAGUGCGGAUCGGACGCCUAAGCGAGAGAGUAUUGAUGAACCAGACGUGGAUGGGACUGGGACUGGGACUGGGACUGGGCCCGCAGGCGGUACGGGUAGCGGUAGCACGUACAGUGGUAAGGCGAAGGGCAGGGGCAACUGCCUCAGCAUAGCGGAGCUCAAGGACAUGCAGGCGAAGAUUGCCCAGACCAAAGGCGCGUUGAUUGCGGAUAUUGUGGAUAUGAUCCGCAGCAGCAACGUGCGUACGCUCAAGGACACACCCCCAGGCAUGUGCGUGAGCUUUGACUUGUCGGAGAUGGACGCGGCGCAGAUCCAAAAGCUCAGCAGUAUGCUGGCCCUGCGGUAGCGGCGCUCGGGUCGAUCGCACGCCGCUGUGGGCCGAACCUAGCUGAGCUGAGCUGAGCUGAGCUAAGCUAAGCUAAUCAAGAAUCGGGGUAGAGACUGAGAUUUUGGCUCUUUUUGGCGUGGCUGGUCCUCUUCCAUAGAGCUUAAAUGUGUAGUUGUCUCAGAGGUACAGAGUGGAGGGGGAUGUACAAGGAUUGGGUAGGUAGAUAGAUGGUUGGGAAGUUCUGGGGUGGCUGGCCCUCUCCCAUCUUCCCGACCACUGAUGUGGUGGCGGAAAUUGUUCUGUUAGAAAAAGUGUCGCGUAAAGACUUAGGGCGCGUGGGGGACUGGCUGUGGUCCUCGGCACUUAGCAUGAAUGUAUUUAUAGUACUUCAGUACUAGAUAAUAUGUGUAUAGUACUUCAGUACUAGGAAUGU